GGGCAGCCUCGGGGUCCUUUCUCGCAGUCGUCGCCCGCGAACAUGGCGGCUGCCUACAGCCGAGUCCUCCUGCGCGGGGGAGUCAGAGGGCUUCUGCGGCCGCGACUUGCCGGAGACCCCCCCGGGCUCGAGCGCGACUUCAGCCUCUCUGACUGUCGGGGCACCGUGAUCGUGGAGCGCUGGUGGAAGGUGCCGCUGGCCGGGGAGGGCCGGAAGCCGCGCCUACACCGGCGACACCGCGUCUACAAGCUGGUGGAGGACACGAAGCACCGGCCCAAAGACAACCUGGAGCUCAUCCUCACGCAGUCGGUGGAGGAAAUUGGAGUUCGUGGUGACCUGGUGUCAGUGAAGAAAUCGUUGGGCCGGAAUCGGCUUCUUCCUCAAGGUCUGGCUGUAUACGCCUCCCCAGAAAACAGGAAGGUGUAUGAAGAAGAGAAACGGUUAAGACAAGAAGGAAAAUUAGAGAAGAUCCAAACCAAGGCAGGUGAAGCGACAGUGAAAUUUCUAAGAAGCUGUCAUCUGGAAGUGGGGAUGAAGAACAAUGUCAAGUGGGAACUAAACCCUGAAAUAGUUGCUCGCCACUUCCUUAGAAAUCUUGGUGUUGUGGUCGCCCCACAUGCAUUAAAAUUACCAGAAGAGCCUAUCACACGUUGGGGCGAGUACUGGUGUGAAGUGACGGUGAAUGGGCUUGACACUGUGAGGGUGCCUAUGUCUGUCGUGAACUUUGAGAAGCCCAAGACGAAAAGAUACAAGCAUUGGCUGGCCCAACAAGCUGUCAAUGCCCCGACCAGCUCCAAGACACUCUGAAACUACUGUUGCUUGAAUGCAGGGAAGCAGAGCCAGAGGGAUACAGAGGGGCCAGCACUCUGAUCUCACUCCCAGCUCUGACCAAAACAUGGAAUGUUAAAGCACAUAUGGGGACAUUGAUUUUUUUUUUCAUUCCUUUGAUUUCAAAUAGGGUCAGUCUGUCUGUGUGAUCAGAGAGACAUCACAGCACUGGAGUUUCUCUCAGUCUCACAGCGCUCCCCUGUGGUGUUAGAAUUCAAACUCAGCCCUUGCAUGACAAAGCACCUGCCCCCCCCAGCUGAACUCUCUUUCAGCCCUGGGCUGGUGGUUGGCUAACCUGAUGAUUAAUACACAGAAGCAGCCUAGAUCGUAAUGAACCUCGUCCUCCAUUGGAAUCCACUAGAACAAAAGGAAAAACCAGCUGCCAUCUCUUUUACUUGACUCAUUCUCAUCACCCAAACAGCAUUUGUGUCACAAAAAGAAAUAAAGAGGCUGUGUCCUUUUUAAA